AUAAGAAGAAGCGCGGCAGAGAAAAUAAGAUACGUAAACAAGCCCCCGGUAGGCAGUGCGUGUUCGCAAUCAUUACAGCGUUUCCUGAUAAAAGAAGGUUAACUUGAACACUGUCAACAUGAGCCGAUGUGAUAACCGCACCAACGACAUUUAUUCCUACCGCCUCUAGUAAGUCAAGCUGUGAUGCAGGUUCUACCAGUUCCGCGGACUGCAGCGGUCGCCUCGUGUUCCCCGAUCUUGUUGCCGGGACGCCCGCCAUUGCGAUGCUUCUCCAGAGCAAAUGUUCUUUCCUCGGAAGUUCACUUCACCGCAAGAACAGCGCUGAACGGACUAAGAAAGCGGCAGCCAAAGAGAAUUUUGACUGCAUUUGUGCGUUGCAGUUACAACUGAACGGGUUAACCAUAUCUGGCGCCGUUUUAAGGCUCCUGGAGCACCACGAGGCGCGUGUCUGUCUGUAUGCAGAAAAAAGGUUCCCGUGUGCAAACUCGCUCACAGGCGUGUAUUCCAUUUACCGCGGCGCACCCUUCGGUUCUGACCACAGACACGCUUCUCCUCUGCGCACCAUUCCUCUCGAACGCACAGCAAGCCUCGGCCGCCUCGAAGGGUGGGUUGAAGUCACGCUUCCCCGGCUUUACGCAAGUUCAUCAUUCGGAGCUGCCAUGGAGCAUUGGUGCGGCGAGCCUAAGCUCGUGGAAACAUCGCGGCCUUGCCUUGCAUCGUCACAUCGUCACCACUGCGCUGUCAAGCAAGGAGCCGAGACCCCAAGCGCUCUGCCUCGGUUCCUUGUCCGGCAGUCAGACCGCAUGCUCAUGCUUGUGUUCCAGACCGUAGCCACUAAUCCCUCAACUGUGUCCGGGUACUUUUGUACGUGUAAAUCGGCUUUUCAAGUUGUAUUCUCCGACUACCACUCGCCUGAAGAAGUGCAUAGCGCGGCUAUGGCAACUCCCUAUGCAAGGGACUCCCUUGUUGACGCAUACAAAGUAGUCAACCUCCAGAAGACAUUAUUCCUUUUCCUCUACAAAGCUGAGUCUGCAUUUGGUACCUGGAAGACAUUUUAUGUGGGCACAGACUUCGACCACCUUCAAGCACUGGAGUUGGAUCCUUCGGAGUCAGUGCAAACGGCUUUGACGAAAACGCUGUCCAGGCAGACUCAAUUCUCAAAGUGUAACUCCGUUGAAUCGCCAGAGAAAAACAAGGUGGAAGACAAGAGCAACUUGGUGUCAAAGGCACUGCCUGUCUCCCGCCAGCAACGAUCCCUAUCCGAGUCUUCUGCAUAUCAGAUACCUCAGGGUUCUCGACGAGGCAUUCUCAAGAAUGGCAACGACUGGAGACGUACCACCUCUGAGUCAAGUGAUGAAUUUCUCUCAUCCUUGUCCUUCGAUUCAGACACUUCACUUCCAGGCAGCUCCCUUGAAAGUGUCCAGCCCAAAAAGACAGUUAGCUUCAAUGACAACAUCAGCCAUAUUGUUUACAGGGCUAAUUCAAGUGUUUUGGCACGUCGCCGCAGAAACCAGAAAAAGGCAGCAAACAAAAAGAAAGCUGCUGCUCGACGUGCACUGAAUCGUUGCGACUCAACUGACACAUCGGGUGUAAGCAGUGGCAGCGAAGCCAGUCUCGAAGAUGUCUCGCAGGGUUGCCAGUCACACCCCUCCGAGUAGACCAUAAAAGGGGGCUAUAAAGUUUGUAGGAAUUGUUCUCACAUUAAGAGGGGGGGGGGGGGGGGGGGGUAUGGGCUAACGCUCAUAGUGCUACGCACACUUUGUUAUGACCUUUAGUCAUUGAGCAUUAUGCCAGAGAUUUGAUCCAACACCCCAGUGUUUACAAAUCCUGUCUACUUGAGGCUUAUGUUGGGGAAAUGCUAGGGCAUAAGGAAUGCUCCACUGUCAUUCUGGCCUGCAGUAAUGCAGCUGCUGCAAUAACACUGUGUUUUAGUGGCAUUUUGUAUGCCCUUACAGCAUGACACAACUGUCUUGUUUGAAGGCUAAUAAAAUUUCAUUUUCUUGAUGGGUUUGCAGUAGAGCUGCAUGCACCUUUUACAUUUUUGCUUGAAUAGCCAGCCUAGGCAAUAAUUUACAUUUGCAGGAAGUAUUCCUUUUUUUUGCUUGCUCGAAUGUAUUUGCUGGCAUCACAGAGGCAUUUAUAUAAGGAACCAGUGAAUUUUUCUUUUGGGGGAUCUUGAAGGGGACUCAUUUGCAGUUUAUAUAAUUUUGUUUAUGCUUUCCUGUGCCUUUUGCAGGAAAAAAUAACAUCCCGAAAUAUUUUUAGUAUUUGUGUAAUUUCUUUACACGGACACAAUUCUAGCAUUAAGAAGUGUAUUUCCCUAUGGUGCUUUAGGGCAUUGCUACCUGUUUCCUUCAUGUUCUACAUUUCAUUUGGGUCUAUUUACACAUUGUGUCUAUACAUUUGAGCAUUUUUCAGCAUAGUUCAUCUGUGCUUGGCACGUUCUUUUGCUCAUUUUUCAUGCUAUAUUGUUUUGCUUUUGCCUCUCCCUGUGAUUUUUCUCUAGCACACACUUUUUGGUGCAUCAGUCCUGUUUUGCAAGUGGUAUUGAAUGAAUGUUUCCUUUCCUUUUUGAGAAAGUUACAAGGUAGUUUUCUUUCUCUAUGGGCGUUUCAAAGCUUGAGGCACUAGGUAGGUGUAGAAUUGUUGUCCAUGUCAAUUCCCUGUGAUACAUUAUACAUAGUACAAACAUGGUGAGCUCUUUCUGCCUGAUGGUGUCUUCCCAUUCUAUUGCAGCACACAUGAAAUUUCACUGCCCAGUUGUUACAAACCUUACACAAAGUUGGAUACAUUAGUGUCUGCUUAUAAAGCCAGCCAUUGAAAGAAUAUUUUGUCAAAGGUGUUGCCAUGAUUGUUUAUUGAGUGUGUGCAUAAGCAUGCAUGUGCUGAUUUCAAUAGUCAACUUUAGAAUAAACUAAAGUUCUGUAUGACUGCUUAAGCUGUGUUGAAAGGAUUGGAAAUGCUUUAUUGCGGUGCAGUUGUGGCUUUGAGAAAUAUAUGUUUGUCUUUA